GGUUUUCCUCCUGCCAUGCCCUCGGUUCGCGUCAGACGGAGCACUUAUUCAGGGGACACACAGGACCGCUCGCUCGCUGCCAUAUUCGCUGAACACUCACCUCCCCCACCUCCCGGCCCCCCGAUUCCCUUUCCCUCCAACACUUUGCGUGGUAGCCGCAUCCAAAGCCACAUUACCGCAACAAGCAAUGUCCCGAUUCGCGUAGCGAGCGUUGGGCGGUCGUCAGUGACGAGCGGGGCGUUGUCGCCAGACUCGCUAGCACGGCCCGCUACGCCCCUUUCUCAUCACUCUGGCACGAAUACCGAUGUUGUGGUCCGUGCACGGUCAGAUGGGCAGCCGGGCCUCAUUGGGAGCGCACUCAGUCUGCCAUCCUCGCAGGGUCAAGACACUGCAGACGAGCUAGACCACCACGACGAUGUCGUCGACCACCUUGAUGUCAUUGAUCCACAAGUCGCGACAGUGCAGACGCUAACGAAUGCCGCUAAUGCCAUCCUUUUUCCACCCACUUGGUAUUCGAUUAAGCCGGUUGUGACCUUGUCGAGCCCACCCCAGGGCUUCGAGUCGGCUGACCGGCCGGGGAAAGAAUACGAGGACUCGCUGGAUAGACAUGUCGAAGACCUCCUCAAGCGCCCCUCGAAGAUAAGGAGAACACUGAAGGGAGUGUGGGCUUUCGUCAAAACUCGUUGGGUCCUCUUCAUCGCCCUCUUUCCUCACUUUCUUAUUACAACGUUUAGCACUCGGCGUAUGUCCUACUGCUCGCUCAUUGAUUCCUUGUCACGCAACCUUGUACAGGUCCUUACUGCAAUCUACGGCUUUGCUGUCGUAUUCUGGGGUGCCGCCAUCGUCAUCUUCCUCGCCAAAAUUAUCAACCUCCACAACGAAAACACGCAGGGCUUCUGGGUCGAAGUCAGCUCACAAGUCGAGAACGGUCUAUUCACGGUCACAGGCAUUGGCCUGAUUCCCGCGCGGGUGCUGGACACAUAUAGAAUCUACUGGAUAUGGUACUACAAACGGAGGACACGCAGGCUACGCGCCAAGGCGGGCCUGCCAACCCUCUUCGACGAGGAUGACCUUCCCGAUCCGGCCUACGACCAAAACUACGUCCAUGUCCUCACCGACAAGGAGCAGCAGUUCCUCCACCGCCAACAAGUCAAGUUUGCCCGUCAUCAGACAUGGUAUAUGGCGCAUGGGACGGAAACACAUCGGGCAUUCCCAAUAAAUACUGCCCUCCUCAUUUGCUGUCUCAACGAUGGCAAUUCCAUUUUUCAGAUCAUGCUCUGUGGGACGAUGUGGGGCCUCAAUCGCUUCCAACGGCCGGCAUGGAGCACGGGCAUCCUUAUUCCUGCAAGCUUCCUCUGUGGCAUUUUCGCUGCGGUGUUCAUCGCUAUCGGCGGUGCCCACACGAAGCGGGUCGAAAAGGUCAAGGAACGGCUUCGUGCGGCGUUGGCGAUGGAGCAUCCGGCAAUCGACGGUGUCAUUCCUGGACUCGAUCACGUGAAAACAGAGGAGGAGAAACGACCAAAUGGACGAUUACCAGACGACGACGAACUGGCUGCUGAGACAGCGACAGACGAGCGAAUGGUUAUACCACGGGCUAAUGACACAGGGACAGUGUAA